ACCUAGGCGAGUGCCCCACCUGAAUGGGACGGACAAGUGAUUUAAGCCCUCCAUUACUGACUGUGAAACGGCAGAAGAGAGACGGAAGCGGGACUGACAACAGCUCCAAGGCCAAUCUUGAGUGUUUGUGGACAUCACCAGCCACAAUGAUCAUUCUCAAGGUGUUCACUGUUGCCCUUUUGGUGUUAGGAACCAGCAGUUUUUCUGCUAAGGUUCGACAAGUGCGAAGUCAUCCACCAGGACCACCUGGACCACCAGGAGGACCACCUGGUCCACCAGGCCCAGAUGGACCGCCAGGACCACCUGGUGAAACAGGACCAUUAGGACCACAAGGUCAUCCAGGACCACAUGGACCAAAUGGUCCACCAGGGCCAGAUGGUCCACCAGGGCCACCUGGAUCAGAUGGUAAACCAGGGCCAAAGGGUUCAAGUGGACCACCUGGACACGAUGGUCCACCAGGACCACCUGGACAAAAUGGGUCAAAUGGUCCAACAGGACCACCUGGACCAGAAGGGCAGAUUGGACCACAUGGCCCAGAAGGCCCAGCCGGGCAAGCUGGACCACCAGGACCACCUAGUAUGCCAGGACCACCUGGACCACCAUAUUAUCCACCU